CUUUGAACUCUAACAGGUUAACAGGUCUUUGCGAAAGUCUCCUUACUGGUGCAGUUCUACUAGUCGACAACUGUGUGCCUUCACCUUAGAGGAUCGUUUGCUAGGACACUGAAAAGAUCUCACAGCCAUGAGGGAGUCCAAGGAAAGGAUUGGAAUAUUCAUCUGUCUUCUGCUAUGUACUAUAGCAUUCGGUUCUUUCUAUUUCAGGCAGUUAAGAAGCAUUGCCUUGUUGAAGAAUCUGCCAGUGACCCAUGAAGAACCAUCAAAACCAAUCAUUAAUUUGGAUCACACUCUUGACUUUACGAUCAGAAAUGAUGUUCAGACACGCACUUCCUGGGGUGCUCCUAUUAUCUGGGAGUUAAUGUUUGACCCAAAACUUUAUGACAAAAGGCACCAAGAAGGAAAUACAAGCGUGGCUCUCACUGUGUUUGCUGUGGGAAGGUACCUUGAUGCCUACCUCAACACUUUCCUAACAUCAGCAGAAAAGCAUUUUAUGAUUGGAUUACCGGUGACAUAUUACGUGUUUACAGAUUCACCAGAGAAGGUGCCAAAUAUUGAACUUGCUCCUCGGCGAGACCUGAAAGUUGUCAAGGUGCAAAAGUAUAGCAGAUGGCAGGAUAUCUCCAUGAUGCGAAUGAAGACCAUAUCAGAAACGAUAGAAACAGAACUCGAAGGAAAGUUCAGUUAUGUCUUCUGUCUUGAUGUUGAUCAGGAAUUUAAGAAUAGAUUUGGCUCAGAGGCCCUCGGGGAGUCUGUGGCUUUGCUCCAUGCCGGCUAUUACAAUGUUCCAAAGGACAGCUUCACCUAUGACAAAAAUCCCAAAUCCAAAGCUUACAUGGAGGAUGGAGAUUACUACUACCAUGCUGCUAUCUUUGGAGGAUCAUUGCAAAAUGUGAAAGCUUUGGCAGACUUUUGUCAUAUGAACACCAUGGAAGAUAAACUGAAUGACGUGGAGGCUCUCUGGCAUGAUGAGAGUCAUCUAAACAAGUACUUCUGGCUUAACAAACCAACCUGGCUUCUCUCCCCUGAGUACUGCUGGAACAACAAUGUUUCUGUCAUGAAACAUAUUCUGGUUGUUCGCCUCACUUGGGCACCAAAGCAAUAUGACAAACUUCGUACUCGGUAGUGUGGCCAAAAUCAAAGAGAUUGGGAUGAAUUCACAAGCAAGUGUGAAUCUAUUUAUUGUCUUGACAGAAGGGCCAAAUUAAGAAUUUAUAACUCAUCUGAAAUUCAUACUUAAGUAUAUAUUGUCUUAACAACUCUUUCUUCACACAUUUUAAGGAAAUUAAAAUGAAAAUCAAGUAUUUCCAGUUAGAGCCUGACAGCUUGUCCAACAAUGAAGAUUAACUGUCUGUGGAACAUAUGGACACCCAGAUAGCUGGUUUAAACCAUGGUCAAUUCCAUCCUACAAGAGCCACAAUCCCACUGUGUCGCAAGGGAUAUUAUCCGAAGUGAUGUCCAUGAAAAUAUUUGGCCAGACAGACAGGAACGUCUUGAUGCACAUUAGUGAUUUAGUAUGUUUAGUUACAUACAGUUCAGUUAUAUGUAUGUAUUGUUACAGUAGUAUAUAAGUGAAAAUGUGAAACAAAUGUAUUCUGUCAUAUAUUCAGUUACCCUACAGUACUACUAACAACAGUAAUGUGUAACUUUACUGUAGUUUUCAACUAGCAAAAACACUUACAG